AUGAUAACCCCGCUCGAGAUCUCCAGAGAGCGACUGGAACCAGCGGCCCUUCGCAAGUACCACCCUUCCUCCGCCCGCUGGAUCAUGAUUCAACGGUUCUUGGACGUCAAGGGCCCCGAAUACGAGCGCGUGUUGAUAGUCGACGCGGGCCAGAUAUUUUUCCAGGCCAAUCCUUUCGACAUCAUCGGGGACCCUGGAGUAUACACCUUCACGGACGACAAGCUUAUCGGCAAGAGCCAGCAGCACUCCACCAAGAUACAAGACUGUCUCGGGGCCUCGGUCCUCGCCAAACUCGCCGACAAACCCGCCAUCCACUCGGGCGUCAGCCUGGGAACGUCCAACCUCGUCGUCGAGUACGCCCGCCAGAUGUCGGAAGUCCUCUCCUCGGCAGGGUUUCAGGCGUGCGAGAAAGCCGGUGUGGACGCGGGCUUGCACGACUAUUUACUGUACAGCGGGGGGGUGCAGGGGGUGCUGAGGUUCGACCAGUCUUCUGGGCCCAUGACCGACGUGCCGGCCGGGAAGUUCGAUAUGUCUGGUUCCCGCGUGACAAACCUCGAGGGACGCGAGGUGCCGAUAGUGUAUCGCUACGUCGAGAACGCUAUCUUGACGGCCGAGGUCUUCAGGAGGUACAUCUACUGGAACCAGGAAGAUAGUAUCGUCAACCCGGCUGGCAAGGAGAGGGCUGUCGAUGAUAAGGCGGCAGUUGUUCCUGCUACCGUCGAAAACUGCGAGCAGUUCGCGCUUUCGGAGGGGGUUGAUCUGUUCAAGGCCAAGUGCGACCUCACCAACGCGAGGUACACAGUUGAGCUUAAGAAAAGGAGGCCUGCGUCAUUGUUUAAAAAUGUCUUCAGUCAAGUCGUGAAAGGCUUUCGACAAGGUUGUGUUUCCAAGCAAUAG